AUGCUUCUAGUCAGGUGCCAUGAGGCUCAGUUUGGAGUAGGAGAAGUCUCCCCGCUUCCAGACCAAGGGUUGAGGUUGUGUCGAUUCUCGAAGGAGGAUGGGUCCCAUGAAGUUCACGAGCCCCCCCCGCGUUCAAAGGGCGUCAAAAUAGCGCAACACGGAGUGGCAUCUUUAAGCGGAUAUCAGAGCGGAUAUCAGAAUGGACACAAAUUCAAGUUCCGGCAGCUGAUGGCAAACCACGACUGCGGUCCACCUAGUAAAUUCAGAGAUAGGCUUCACUCGGCCUCCGGAUGCACCGGCACUACAUCUCGUUCAGACCAGUACCACCAACUCGUGGUAUCUAAGAAGUACGCAUACGAGAGGGGGCUUCUCUCAGACAUACAGCUUGACAGUGGGUGCAUGAUUUCUGCCCGACCGCUUCGAGGUGUGGACUUUCCCACUGAUGGUGCUGGCAAUAUGCACCCUGCACUGUGCAAUAAUGAAGGCGAGAUGCACUCUGACUUGCAGGAUCACCUCGAUCUCGUCGUCUCUGCUCCGAGCGAGACGUGGCGAUUGUGCGGAAACUCGAGUGGGGUUCAGGGUUGGAUGGUGAUGACUGAGAACCUCGUCAGGGCGGUCAGGCCCGCUGCAGGUCAAGCCCAUGAUUCUCAUCAGGCUGACUGCGACCCUGAGCGGGAACUUCUUGGCGGAAGACUCACAUUGGCUCUAAAUGAAACGUCUACUGGUUUAUGUUUUUCUAGCCCUCCCUUGGCCGAAGGACUGAAUCACAACCAAGAUCGUAGAACAGACCUUCACCUCUCACCUGGAUCACGAGGAGGCUGGUGCUCAAGCAAUGAUGCGACAGAACCCUGGAGAGAAUCCUCAAGCGACAAGGUUACGGACGAUUACAAACCUCCAGCGCUUGUCUCAGAAGAAGCCUUGCGGCGUGAAGAGGCGCCAUCGAGAUAAGAAGUCACACCCCAGCUUCUUC